AUGGAGCAGUUUAUGCAACCGUUGGAGGGCAUCUUCCGCGACGGCAUCCCUGCCCCCGUGCUGCGCGCCUUUGCCCCUCUCUUUCAGGCGCUGCCAAGCCUCCAGGAACGUGUAGAAGCAUCUCGCGACUGCUAUUACUGGCGUGCGAACCCCAUGAAGUGCCUGGAGGAGGACAUCGACACGGUCACCGGCUUCAUGCAAGCCUGCGAGGCUUCCUUCCGCAUGUGUCCGCAGCAGUCGGCGACGCUGCUCAAGUGCCAUAUGACGGAACCAGCGCGCGCCGUCUACUUCUGCCGUGAUGAGGAGUGGGAGUGGCGCAGCUGCUUGAUGGAUCAGACUGGCAUCCGGUUCUGGCCGUACGCAAAUGCUCCGAUUGGCGCGCCCUGGUCGAAUGGUGGGCAGACGGAGGACUUUCAUCUGGAGGACCGCUUCUUCUACGAGAACUUCUCUUUCUGGCGUCGUCGCGGUGCAAUGCUGGCGGUUCGCGAGCGUGAGCUAGAGGUAGCAGUGCAGCGCAAGCACUGGCUCGACGAGCAGGGGGACGACACCUGCCUAGCGGCACCAAAACCGACUCUAGCGCCCAUUGGCAUCAACACCAAGGUCAACUAA